CAGAGAUUGCCUUACAACAGGUUUCCAUGUUCUUCCGAUCAGAACCAAAGUGGGAGGUGGUAGAACCGUUGAAAGACAUAGGUUGGAGGAUAAGGAAGAAAUAUUUCUUGAUGAAGAUUAAAAAUCAGCCAAAGGAACGGCUAGUGUUAAGCUGGGUAAGCUGGUUUUUUGCUUCAGUCUCAUUUCAGGGACAUUGGCAGCACCCUUACAUCUAUCGGGUUACCUUUGCCACAGCUAACGAAUCCUCUGCAUUGCUAAUUAGGAUGUUUAAUGAAAAAGGAACUUUGAAGGACCUGAUCUACAAGUCAAAACCAAAAGACCCGUUCCUAAAGAAGUACUGCAACCCUAAGAAGAUUCAAGGCCUUGAACUCCAGCAAAUAAAAACAUAUGGGCGGCAAAUAUUAGAGGUAAGAGGCAUUGAAUUUUUGUUUAAGUUGUAUUGGAAUCUCACCCACUAUUCCAGUGUUCUUUGGGGAAAAUUCUUGGGCAAUAUCCGAAGUAGCUUAAGUUGCCUGACGCCAUCAUUGCGCUCUUCCCAGAUCCCCACAAAGUUAAAAGAGGCAUUGAGAAUUGCCAAAGAAUGUAUAGAAAAGAGACUAAUUGAAGAACAGAAACAGAUUCACCAGCACCGAAGACUGACAAGAGCUCAGUCUCACCAUGGAUCUGAAGAAGAAAGAAAAAAGAGAAAGAUUUUAGCCCGAAAGAAGUCAAAGCGAUCUGCUAUUGAAAAUAGUGAAGACCAUUCAGCAAAAUAUAGCAACUCCAAUAAUUCAGCAGGAUCUGGGGCCAGCUCACCUCUCACAUCUCCGUCAUCACCAACUCCACCCUCCACAGCAGGGAAUUCAACAGUACCUCCACCUCCCCCACCUCUGCCUCUACCAGCAGCAGCUCCCUUGCCUCCUUCGAGCACAGAGGUGCCCACACAGCUCCUGCCCCAGGCUGUGAAUGGCGUGAGCCGAGGGGCCUUACUCAGCUCCAUCCAGAAUUUCCAAAAAGGAACUUUGAGGAAAGCCGAAACCUGCGAUCACAGUGCUCCUAAGAUCGGCUAAAGCUUCAUGUUUACACUUGGAGGGAAAAGUGGUUUUUUUUGUUUUGUUUUGUUUUCUUCCCACCUCCAAACCCCUAAAACAGCCUCUUCCUGGAUGAAUAAUUGCUGAGCCGGUACAGACACCAUACUGUUUUGCAGAUGUCAUGUAAGGGGGCUUUUCAAGAAGGAAAUAAUCUUCAAGUAGAUUAAAAUCAGGCUGGUGUUGCUGCCUUAAGAAAUAUUUUGCUCCUUUAUUACUAUUUUAAAGGAGACUUCUUCAUCCUUUAAUGGGCAUCUUUUUGGGGUAGUAGCAUUAUUUGAAUCAAUAUUUCUACCAACUGAAGGAAACAGAAAAACAAUAAUAUUCAGUCACAGCAGCGAAUGGCCUUUGUGUUACAAUACAAUCCCUCCUGUCCUGUCAGACAGCUCCUAGAAAUGUUCCUCUCAUAGUUUAUUUCUCUAUUCUGAAGCAUUUUCUGGUUAUUUCUUAGAUAACUCCCAUUUUUGCUACUUUAAUUUCAUCUUCCAACGUUAACACUAUAGCCCAAAGCCUAGUUAAGUCAAAUCAGAGAAGCAGGCUUACUCCAGGCCAAAGCAGCUGAGUUCUUUGUCUUCCCCUUAAAUAGAAUGGGGGAAAUUUGUAACAUUCUCUUAAGUUCUCACAGGAAUACUGUUGUGGUUCUAGAACUCGGGGCUGCUGAAGCAACUACUCAACUCAUACUUCCUUAUAGUUAGAAUGUAUUGAACAAAAAAUGUUAACAUCCAAUAAAGCUCUUUUCAAUUAGAGGAUCUUACUCCUCAGCAACUAAGUUUGUGGUUUGUGGGAGAUUAUUAUUACAGAUGAAUUUGGCAUCUAUAGAAUUCUGAUUUUUGAAAAACUUAUUCAAAUUCAUCAUCUUUAAAUGUUACUCAUUUAUUAGAAAGAUCCUUUAUCCUAUGAUUUGCUUAAACCCUUAAAUAAACUGCACUUUAAAGGAUUAUAAAUAAUCCAUUUAAAAAUUCAAGUACACACAUCAGUGUUGGUUACUAUGCAGAGAAUGUCAUUGUCUAUAGUUUCAUGUAAUCUGUGAUAAAUGUUCAGCUGUAUUUUUUAUUAAAAUAAACCAUGUCAACACAA